AUGACCUCGUCGAGUAAUAGUAAAAAUGGAUCUGAAGAAACGACGACCAGUGUGGGAGAUUUAAAAUACUACAUUAGACAACUGGAAGCAAAGUUGUCGCUGUACGAUGAGGUGGAGGAAGAGAAAGAACAGUUGAAAAACCAGUUGGCUGACCUGUCUGCGUGGAUGAAAAACGAAAUAAAUAAACAGAAAGCUAUGUUCUCUCGGUUGACCGACGGUCUUGAAGAGGUAUGGAGCAUAUAUCAGAGCACGAAAAGCGAUUUGGAUAGGAACCAGUGCGAAUUGGAGACUAGCCAAACAAAAAUCUUAGAGCUGAAGGAAAAGAACGCAAAACUCCAAGACAAGACGAAACAACUGCAGCGACAAAACGAACGUUUGGAAGAAAAAUUACAAUGCCGAGAAAACAGUUUGUGCAAUAAACUGGCCGACAAUGAUGCGAUUAAGACCGCCAGCGACGAACAAAACGCUUGUUUGGAACAUCAACCCGAGGAAAUUGAACGGACCGAGCGCAGGUUAGAACAGAUACAUUCGAAGUGGAAAUCCGAACUGACAAUAUUAAAAGACAAAUUCGAUUUGCAACUACAAAUGGCCGACGCAAAACGACGCCAACACGAACUGGAGUGGAUUUUAGCAGACGAGAGACGUUCGGCAGACAAGCGCGUAGCAACGGUGAACGGCAAAGUUGCCAAAUGCCACCAAGUGUCGGAACGGAUGAAAGGUAGAAGAGAUAAAAUGAAUAAACUCGUCCAAGGAUUACACAAUAAACUGCCGGAGCCCGUCAAACUCAACGACGAGAACAAUGUAAAUGUUAAAAAGAUCGAUCGGUCACUCGGUCAGCUAAAAGAGAAAAAAGUCAAAACGAGAGAAGCUCUCGCUACCGAAAGUCUCAUAAAUUUGGCUUAUAUUUUAAUUUUCAUCAACUGUGCCGCGGUGGUUAUAAGAAACAUUGGUUUAUCCGAAUGA